AUGGACGCCUCCUCCCUCCGCAUCUCCAAGUUCGAUGGAACUAACUUCCACGCCUGGAAGUUCAAGAUGCAGAUGGUGCUGGAGGAACGGGACCUAUGGGAGGUCGUCAGCGGUGAGAUCAAGGCGGAACAGUGCGAGACUCAGUUGGACCAAGCGACGUACAAGAGGAAGUCAAGAAAGGCGAUGGCAGUGAUCUGUCUAGCCAUGGAAGAUUCCCAGCUACCGUUGGUCCGGUCGGCAAGUGGUGCAUGCGACGCAUGGUCAAGGUUGGAAGACCACUUCGAGAAGAAGAGUCUUGCCAACAAGCUGUUCUUGCGCCGUCGCUUCUUCACGACAAUGAUGGAAGAAGGCGACGAUGUGCUCGAACACAUCAACAAGCUCAAGACGCUGGCGGAACAGCUAGAAGCGGUGGGGGCUCCAGUCUGCGAGGACGAUCUGGUGAUCACACUUCUCGGCAGCCUGAGUGACUCGUAUCAAUUCUUGAUCACAGCUUUGGAGUCGCGCUCAGACACUCUUAGCUGGGAGCUCGUGACGUCUCGACUGCUUCAUGAAGAAAUGAAGCGGAAGGAGCAAGGAAGUAAAGGUGAUGAAGCUUCGCAAGGUCAAGCGUUCAUCACAAGGGACAAUCAGCGCAAAGGGCGACCAGUGAAGAAGUCCUGGCCGUGA